CCCAACUUUUUCUCUCAAAAGAUUCACUUUUCCUAUCAUUUAUUUAUAAUAUCUUCUUUUGGAUUUGAUCUAGAAGAAGAGUUGUAAACGACGUCGUUGAUGUCCUUACCCACUCGAUUAUAUAUAUAUAUAUCAACGAUAUAGAUUUGCGUGCCGAAGUCUCGAACUUAUCUGCCAUGACCGUGACUCUCUUUCUUCUCUGAUCAUUUUCUUUUAGUUUUCCUUUUUUCUCUCUGCUACAAGUUCGACUUCAUUUUCCUCUCCGGCCACCAUGACUGUUCGUUCGGCUUCAAAUACAGGUGAUACUGAGAAGAACGAGAGGACCUCUUAUUUUAACUUACCAGCUCUGGAUGUCUCAAUCGCUUUUCCCCAAGCAACUCCAGCUUCUGUCUUUCCUCCUUGUACUUCAGAUUAUUAUAUCUUUGAUGAUCUUUUGACUCAUGAGGAAAAAUCUCUGAGGAUGAAAGUCCGAGACUGCAUGGAAAAAGAAGUAGCACCAAUAAUGGCAGAGUACUGGGAGAAGGCAGAGUUUCCAUUCCAAAUUAUUCCAAAGCUUGGUGCCCUGCGUGUCACUGGUGGCACAAUUAAGGGUUAUGGUUGUCCUGGUCUUUCUAUUACUGCAAAUGCCAUUGCCACUGCAGAAAUGGCUAGAGUUGACGCUAGUUGUUCGACUUUUGUCCUUGUCCAUUCUUCACUUGGAAUGCUCACUAUUGGCUUGUGUGGAUCUGAUGCGCAAAGGGAGAAAUAUUUACCUUCUUUGGCCCAAUUAAAAACUGUAGCUUGUUGGGCUUUGACCGAACCUGGUUAUGGAAGUGAUGCAAGUUCUUUAGCAACAACUGCAACAAAGGUUAAAGGAGGUUGGAUUCUUGAAGGUCAAAAGCGUUGGAUAGGAAACAGCACUUUUGCUGAUGUGUUGAUUAUUUUUGCACGAAACACAACAACAAAUCAAAUAAAUGGAUAUAUUGUAAACAAGAAUGCCCCUGGAUUAACAGCUACCAAAAUAGAAAAUAAAAUUGGUUUGCGAAUGGUUCAGAAUGGAGAUAUUCUCUUGAAAAAGGUUUUUGUUCCUGAUGAGGACAGGUUGCCUGGUGUUAAUUCUUUUCAGGAUACUAGCAAGGUUCUUGCUGUUUCCCGUGUUAUGGUUGCUUGGCAACCCAUUGGUAUAUCAAUGGGUGUCUAUGACGUGUGUCACAGGUAUUUGAAAGAGAGAAAGCAAUUUGGAGCUCCACUGGCAGCUUUCCAAAUUGUUCAAGAGAAACUUGUCCGUAUGCUGGGAAAUGUUCAAGCAAUGCUACUGAUGGGUUGGCGACUUUGCAAGCUGUAUGAGACUGGUAAAAUGACUCCAGGUCAAGCUAGCUUGGCAAAGGCUUGGAUAACCUUAAAGGCAAGGGAAACUGUCUCUCUAGGACGAGAAUUACUCGGCGGAAAUGGGAUCUUAUCAGAUUUCUUAGUAGCCAAGGCGUUCUGUGAUUUGGAACCUAUAUACACAUUUGAAGGGACGUAUGACAUCAACAGCUUGGUCACAGGUAGAGAAAUUACUGGUUUUGCCAGCUUUAAACCAUCUGCUUCUAGCCAGAGAAGCCGCCUGUGACACUGUAAAACUUUCCAACUCCAAUUCCAUGUGGAAAGUCUUUAAUUCCAUUGUCGAUGGGGUUGUGUUGGCUGUUUCACUAUGCAUUACAAUAAAUCUCCAUAAAAAAAAGUUAUGGAAUAAGAUAAGGUCAUGCUAAUGCAUAUAAUGUUAUUGUAGUUUAACGAGUUUGUGUCCUUACGUUGGACCAAAACUUGGGUAUACACUUUACCAUUACUGAAACUGAAUAGGCAUUGUUGUUUUGAAAGCGUGCCUUACUAUGAUUGCCACACCUUGUUGCAAUCUAUAUUAUAAAUGGUAGAAUUGAAAAGGCUACAACCCUUAAACAUUGUCAAAUGCACUAGUAGUAUGAAUGUCUUGGAAAGCCUUCACGAGGCCCCAUGUAUAUAUUCAUGUAAAUCUAUGAUAAAGUUUUACAGUGAGUUGACCGCUA